AUGUCACAAUUUCAGGGACCUAGAAUUGCCAUCAUAGGCAUUGGCAAGGUCGGCGCCGCGGUCGCCUACUCCAUCAUUCACAAGCAGAUCGCCAGCGAAGUUCUUAUCCUCGACGUCAAGGAAGACUUCCAAGAUGCCCAGGUUCAAGACUUGCGCGACUCAACAAGCUUCGGCGUCUCACCGCGCGUCAGGCCCGGAACAUGGAAGGAGUGCGGCCAGUGUGACAUCAUCGUCUUCACUGGCGGCACAAAUCAGAAGGGCGGCGAGUCACGGCUCGCCCUCGUACAGCGUAACAUCUCGGUCAUUAAUUCCGGCUUCGAGCAGAUGAAGCCCUUUGGUGAAAACACCAUUCUGCUGAUGGUCACCAACCCCGUCGACAUCAUGACCUACUUUGCCCUCAAAUACACAGGGCUGCCUCCGAGCCGUGUUUUCGGCAGCGGCACCAUACUUGACACAACGCGCUUGAAGGACACGAUCGCACAGCGGGCCGAGGUGGCGCCCCGCGCGGUGCACACAUAUGUCAUCGGCGAGCACGGCGACUCACAAGUCAUCGCAUGGUCCAACAUGGCCAUCGGUGGUAUCCCCGUUGACCAGGUAUUGCCGCUCGGCGGCGACGAGAGGCACGCUGUGGCCGAGUUCGUGCGUUUCAAGGCGGAUUACCUCAACAGGAUCAAGGGUGAAACAUCAUUCGGUAUUGGCGCUGUCAUCUCGUCUAUCUGCUCGGCGAUCCUUCUUGAUGAGCGGAAUGUCUUACCUUUGAGCCACUUCCAGGCAGACCAUGGCAUUUGUUUCAGUAAGCCUGCCAUACUUGGUCGUGCCGGUAUCCUAAGGACGUUGGAGAUCGAGCUAGAAGACGAAGAGGCGGCUUCGUUGGAGAGGUCAAUUGCCAAGCUAAAGGGUGUUAUCGUUGGGACGGAGAGUCCGGGACCAGUCACUGAGAUGAGCAGUAGGCUGUGA